AUGUACCGUGUAUACAGAGUAGGAGGUACUCAAAUACCUCUCACUCAAGAGUUACCUUUAUUGACUGCACGGCAGGGCCAGGCUCUUGUCGCCAGCACUACAUGCCAAAACCAGGAUAGGACCAUGACGGAUGACUUCCACUCCAUCAACAACGAAUAG